CCGGAGCAGAGCAAGCCCGGGCUGCAGGCAGGCAGGCAGGGAAGGGAGGCGUCGUCGGGAGCCGGGGGAAGACUGCCGCGGAGCUCCUCCCUCCCGCUCCCCGCCAGUCGUGCGGCAAGCAAUCGGGCGCCAAGGGGCCGGCGCUGGACGCCGCCUUCGGCUUCCUGAGCUGCGAGGCGCCCCACGCCGCGGAGGGGGAGCGCGAGGCGCGCAAAGUGUGCCGGCUCGAGAGGAGAGUCCCGCUCGCCCUGCCCUGCCUUUCCUUGCCCGCAGGACUCCGAGCCUUCCGAGGAGCCAGCCCUUCGUUAGGCAAAGCGGCCGCAAAAUGCCGCUCGCCCAGCUGGGAGCGGAACCUUGGCCCGAGGUGGAGCUGGUCGACAUGGAGCUGGACGCGGCGGAGUGACCAUCCCAGCAUGGCUGACUUCUUGCCCACUCCCUGCAGUUGACCCCGCACUUCCUUUUGCAGUGCCUCAAGUACCAAACAGACAAUGAGUACCAGGACGUGACAUUUUCAGGUCAAAAUGCAUCGAGUCCCAAAUACGAUGAGUUUCGAAGCUGUCUAACACCCAGAAUGGACAGGCAGCUCCAGAGGAGAGAAAAGAGGCUUUGCCAAAGGCAAAACGGGAACCCGCUUGGAUUGAGACAGACAUGAAAACCCCAGAGAAGAAUGAAGGUUCUGUCCAAGAAUAUACAAUCACGUAUCUUGUGAAAGAAGGUUCCGAGAAGGCCGACCCGUCUCAGUUUGAGCUCCUUAAAGUUCUUGGACAGGGCUCUUUUGGCAAGGUCUUUCUUGUCAGAAAAAUCACCCCGCCAGAUAACGGCCACCUCUACGCCAUGAAGGUCCUCAAGAAAGCAACCCUGAAAGUGCGUGAUCGUGUGAGGACCAAAAUGGAAAGAGAUAUUCUUGUUGAAGUGAACCACCCGUUCAUCGUGAAACUCCAUUAUGCUUUCCAAACAGAAGGGAAAGUAUACCUCAUCCUCGACUUUCUCAGAGGAGGGGACCUCUUCAUGCGCCUUUCCAAAGAAGUGAUGUUCACAGAAGAAGAUGUGAAGUUCUACCUUGCAGAACUGGCGCUAGGACUCGGCCACUUGCAUCGUUUGGGAAUUGUGUACAGGGACCUCAAGCCAGAGAAUAUUCUCCUAGAUAAUGAAGGACAUAUCAAACUUACAGACUUUGGUUUAAGCAAAGAAGCCAUUGACCAUGAGAAGAAGGCCUACUCUUUCUGCGGAACCGUCGAGUACAUGGCGCCAGAAGUAGUGAAUCGCCAGGGCCACACCCAGAGCGCAGACUGGUGGUCCUAUGGAGUACUAAUGUUUGAGAUGCUGACAGGGGCUUUGCCGUUCCAAGGGAAGGACAGGAAGGAAACGAUGACGCUCAUUCUUAAAGCAAAGCUGGGCAUGCCCCAAUUUCUAAGCUGUGAAGCCCAAAGUCUUCUGCGAGCCCUUUUCAAGAGGAACCCAAUCAACAGGUUAGGAUCUGGCCCGGAUGGUGUUGAAGAAAUCAAACGUCACUCUUUCUACUCUACCAUCGACUGGAAUAAACUUUUCCGUCGAGAAAUCAAGCCACCGUUCAAACCUGCUGUGGGCCGGCCGGACGAUACCUUUUAUUUUGACAAAGAAUUUACCUCUCGCACACCCAAAGAUUCACCUGGAAUUCCACCUAGUGCAGGAGCCCAUCAGCUCUUCCGAGGAUUCAGCUUUGUGGCCACUGGACUGAUAGAGGAUGAGAAAGCUAAAUCGCCACCUGUGCCUUUGCAUUCUGUAGUUCAGCAACUGCAUGGGAAGAAUCUCCAGUUUAAUGAUGGCUACUUGGUUAAAGAAGCCAUCGGUGUGGGCUCUUAUUCGGUAUGCAAGCGGUGUAUUCACAAGGCCACCAGCACAGAAUACGCAGUCAAGAUUAUUGACAAGAGUAAGCGAGAUCCCUCCGAGGAAAUUGAGAUCCUCCUACGGUACGGUCAGCAUCCAAACAUCAUCACACUGAAGGACGUGUACGACGAUGGCAAACAUGUUUACCUGGUGACUGAACUAAUGAGAGGCGGGGAGCUGCUAGACAGAAUUCUCAAGCAGAAGUGUUUUUCUGAACGAGAAGCAAGCUCCGUGCUGCACACGAUCUGCAAGACCGUGGAAUAUCUUCACUCCCAGGGGGUGGUCCAUCGAGACUUGAAACCUAGCAACAUCCUCUACGUAGACGAGUCCAGCAAUCCAGAAUGUAUUCGUAUUUGUGACUUUGGGUUUGCCAAGCAACUGAGGGCAGACAAUGGGCUCCUCAUGACCCCUUGCUAUACUGCCAACUUUGUUGCUCCAGAGGUUUUGAAACGCCAGGGCUACGACGAGGCCUGUGAUAUUUGGAGCUUAGGAAUCCUUCUCUACACAAUGCUAGCAGGGUAUACUCCAUUUGCAAAUGGGCCCAGUGAUACCCCUGAAGAGAUCCUUGUUCGGAUAGGUGGUGGAAAGUUUUCCCUCAAAGGAGGAAAUUGGAACACCAUUUCUGAUGCAGCCAGAGAUUUAGUAUCCAAGAUGCUCCAUGUUGACCCGCAUCAGCGCUUGACUGCUAAACAGGUACUCCAGCACCCGUGGAUAACCCAGAAGGACAAGUUGCCUCAGAGCCAAUUAAGUCACCAGGAUGUACAGCUUGUAAAGGGUGCCAUGGCUGCCACAUACUCCGCACUGAACAACUCGAAGCCAAGUCCCCAACUGAAGCCUAUUGAAGCCUCUUUCUUGGCACAAAGGCGGGUUAAGAAGCUCCCAUCGACCACUCUGUGAUAUGGGAAUACAGGGUAAUUCUCCACCAUCCCAAAUCGUGACUCUGCACAAACUCCCCUGGUGUUUCCAGGGGCACAGGAAAGUGUCACUCCACCAAGAAGUCCAUCAGGGCCAAGUGCCUUCAGAAAGAUUAGCUCUUGUUCUCCUCAUGGAUGUCUUUUUCGUUGUUGUUGUGAUGUGUUGUUCUUAAAUGAACAGUCUAUUUAAAAAGGAAUCUAUGUAGAUGUAGGUAAGAAGAUGAACAUGCAAUAAUCUUCCCGCAAAACACCUCUACCUGCAAAUGGCCAUGCCUUAGACAAGUUGAGAACUCAGCAACUCAAACCCGGUAACAGCUGAAAGUGGGCUUUCACUGCUUCUCUCAUCAAGAUCACUCCAGUGGAGAUGUUCUUCUUUCGUUUUUUUUUUAAAAAGGGCCCCUCUGUGCAGACACACACACUUUUUACAUGAUUUGUGAGUUUUUGUGUGCACACACUGAACUUCCUGCUCCUUAUCAUCCAAGCCAGGUGGCUGUUACUCAAGAUGGCUUUGAACAACUCUUGACUCAUCUCUUCCCUCUUUCCCUUUUCAACAUCAUGUGAUUGAAGACAACUCCAUCCGACUGGUUGGAAUUACAUACUUUUUCUAAAUUCUCAAAUCCUGUGGACUCUUGAAAUCUAUGCCAGAUUGUAUCUAGCUUUUAAAUAUGUAAUGAGCCUGCAAAAAAAUGCUUUUUCAAUGGUGAAGAUGUCCAGAUUUUCUAGAUGGAGGAAGGGGAGGGGGUUUCUGUUUGUCUAUUUGUUUGUUUUAAACUCUGCCAAACAGCACAAUCCAGCACCUCCAUGAUGCUAAGUGCAACCAAAAAAAAGUCUUUGUUGCUCUUUUCCUUUUUUUUUUAAUUUAACUGAUUGUGUAGCUGGUAACUCAGGGUUUCUGUCUGAAUUUUGAAAUAAAUCAUAUCAUGCAGCUUGAAUUUUACUGACUAACCUUGCAUUUCCCUGUCCCGGUAGUUAUUUGUGCUAUUGGGAUCUCUAUAUUAAUAGACUAUUUUAUGUACAUGGCCAUAUUCUUAUAGUUUCCAUUUAUGGUCCCUGUGUAUCAUGUGUCAAUUGUAAAUCACACUGCUUAAUGACAAUUCAAUAGAAAAUGAAGCAUGUUACAAAAGGUUAUUUUUUUCAACACGGCCCAAAUUGUGUGGCUUCCAAUUUGCUUACAAAUGGGACAGAAUCUGUUUUCUACACACACACACACACACACAAACGUAUAUGUAUAUUUCCAGCCAAUCUUUUUUCCACUCUGGCUGGAACAAUGAUGACUGAAGUUUGCUUUCUCAUUUAUGUUGAUACGUAAUGUAAAAGCAAACUUCAUCCCUUGUUUUAUAAGAUAAUAAAAGAAUAUCAUAUGAUAAUAGAACAGAUGUGAUGAAUAAGAACUGCCCAAUUAGAUUUACUAAUGAUGUGCAUUUUUCUCUUUAGGAAAUAUUCAAAUAAAGAUACUGGUUUUUAUUUGGCAGAAGGGAAGUUAUCAGCAACAGCUGUCUUGUCAUCAUUGAUUUUUAAAUGGAAGUAGACAACUUGUGCCCUCUUGGGUCAUUUCUUUCAGAGAUAUUUCCUUCACAGAUUCCUCAUUGCCUUCAACAAUGACAAAACUUGGAAUGUACUGUUUUCACUGGAAAUUCUGGGAUACAGUCAGAGGUGUAUCUGCCUUGAAAGUAGCCCAUGCUGAACUGUAUAGCAGAGUCAAAUAUCAACACAGGUAGUUUUAUGACAUACUGGGUCAUAAACUGCUUCGUGAUGUUUAUGUCAUAAAAUGUUUUACCAAAUUUCAACUCCGGGGGAAUUGUGGGUCUCAGGUUUUGGAUGCCUUCUAUAAGUUGGCGCAUUUGAAAUACCUUGGGUCAAAAAUAAAAUUGCCAGGUGGUGCACUGUUUAAACCAGUUACGUUACAGGAGCCAGAAUUUUAGCAGUAUAGAUUGUUUCUACCUUACCUACAUUUAUUGAAUACACUGCUGUUGCUGUAAACACUAUUUUUUUCUAUCCCUCCUGUCUUUCUCUAUCCAUUUGUUUAGCUUUCUUUAUUCUGGAUUUGUUGAUAUAGGUUUACCACAAUAUGAACAUAAGUUUGGCGUAGGGAAUAUUGAAAGCUUGCUGAUCCUCCCCAGUUUAUUAUCACUAGGAAAGCACGUACCCUGACUGCAGUGGGGUAGCAGCUAAAGUUUUAUAAUGUGGCAGUGUAUCCUCCUUCUCCCUCAAAUAACCUGCCUAAUGGGACAGAACACGUUUCACAUAGAAAUGGAAAAUCCGGUAUGGAAUAUAAAUUGUCUUAAGUGACUAUUCAGAAAAGCCCUUUUAGAAGACUGAUAAACAGAAUCCAACAAUUUCCACCUUUUCCCCUUGAAAAAUAUUUUCCUGUCAUCAGCGGCUUAACUGAUGUUUAAGUUUUUCAAGUAUGUAAUAAUGCUGACUUGUUUGAUGUCAACUGUAAGCAUUUGGGUGGCUGGUUUAAAGGUAAAGGUAAAGGUUCCCCUUGCACAUAUGUGCUAGUUGUUCCCGACUCUAGGGGGCAGUGCUCUUCUCCGUUUCAAAGCCGAAGAGCAAGCACUGUCCGAAGACGUCUCCGUGGUCAUGUGGCCGGCAUGACUAAACGCCAAAGGCGCACGGAACGCUGUUACCUUCCCACCAAAGGUGGUCCCUAUUUUUCUACUUGCAUUUUUUACAUGCUUUCAAACUGCCUGGUUGGCAGAAGCUGGGACAAGUAACAGGAGCUCAACCCAUUACACGGCACUAAGGAUUCAAACCACUAAACUGACGACCUUUCAAUUGACAAGCUCAAUGUCUGAGCCACUGUGCUGGUUUAACUCUUACUAAAUUGGGGAACUCUUACUAGUUGAUCUACCCCAAUCUUUAUGGACACAGUUUCCAGCAUGGAAUGCAGUACAAAGAAAUCAUGCAAAGCAUUAAAGCAGAUGAACAGAGAGAUUUUUACUACUUGCUUAUCUGGGGUAUUUCAAGAUAUGAGGAUCAGAUGAAUGUUUAAGCCUUGGGUGCAGAAAAUCAGGGAGAAAUGCUACUAAAUUUCCAAAUGGCUGACACAGGAGAUAGGUUUUCCCUUUUCUCCAUAAACAGUGCAUGGAAAUUGUUGGAAAGCAGGAUACAGGUAAGUCUAAAAGAAAUUUCUAAGAAUUGCUUAACAAUAGAUUAAUUAAUCUGACUUCGGAAACUGGAGAUUCUCCAAUGGAAAUAGAGAUUAGAGGACCAUCAUCUGAAUAUAGUUAACAUUCUUCAUUUGAAGAUUUGUACUGUGCAGAUGAUUGGACCAUAAAACUCUUUAAUUUUCUGCCGCACUGAUGAUUCGUUCAUGUAAUAAUUUUGGGUAUUCAACAUGCACAACUCAUGGAAGCCAUGCAGCUUCUGAAGUCUUUGUGCCGAUUCCAGAACACACAUUCCUAAUAAACUCCAAGGGUAAUUUGAAGCUUUUAUGACAGUAGGAGCCAUCUUAAUAGGGGGAACUCAAAGGGGAAAUGUAAGCUACUUCCAUUUAGGAAAAAAGACACUAACUGAUAAAUCUGUGGCUUAGUGUCUGGCCACCAGGAAUGCUUAGGAGCAGGACAGGUGGGAAUUCAUCACACUGCAAGAGAAAAACUUGUUUUGCAAAUGAAACAAUUACCAUUCAACAGUGAUUUUCUUAAUUCUGGAGUCUUAUUUUUACUAAUUGUCAAUUGGAUACCUUUGGCUUUGCUGGCAUGGAAUUUUGGGAGUUGUAGUCCAGGGAUGUCAAUCUCGCUUCACGUGACAUAUUGUGACUUUUUUUCCCACUAAACCGGGGGUGGGCGUGAUGCAUUUGGCCUGCAAGUUUGACACCCCUGCUGUAGUCCAAUAUAACUGGAGGUAUUUAAAUAAUAGUUAUUUUAUAUUCCAUUCCUCACAUUUUAAUGGCACUGCCACCUAAAAAAGAAUUGCCCAUUUUUAUGCCUGAUUUGAAAACAUUUUUGUAAUAAAUGCUACUUUUUAAAUUCAGAAUAAUGUUUUUAGUUUGUGCUCUCUUGACAGGAGUUUUCUGUUUGUUAAACAAUAAUUGUUAUGUGGCUUAUUUUAAAUUGUUAUAAAUCUGCUUGAGUUAGAAUUUGUUCUGUUUGAUAGGAUGUAAAUUUUUAUUUGAGAACACAUCAGUGUUUCCAAAGCAGAGAAACUCCUCAUAUCUCAGCGGGAUUACAUGGAAAUAUUACAACAAAAAUGGGACUCCAGAGCACGCUAAUUGAACUCCAUAUUAUAUAUUAUUAUUAUUUUCACUCUUUUAAGUCCAAAAAAUUGGGAAGAUGGGCUGAUAAAAUACAUUUUUUUAAAUUUGCAUUUAUAUCCCACCCUUCUCCGAAGACUCAGGGCGGCUUACACUAUGUUAGCAAUAGUCUUCAUCCUAUUUGUAUAUUUAUAUACAAAGUCAACUUAUUGCCCCCAACAAUCUGGGUCCUCAUUUUACCUACCUUAUAAAGGAUGGAAGGCUGAGUCAACCUUGGACCUGGUGGGACUAGAACCUGUAGUAAUUGCAAGCAGCUGUGUUAAUAACAGACUGUCUUAGCAGUCUGAGCCACAGAGGCCCUUUAAAUGACAUUAAAUGACAGAUCCAUAGAUUAAGCCAUAACAGAAAAAUUAAAAUGUGCUUAUUUAUAUAUUUACUCAAAAUCUAUUAAUUGACUAAAUGAUUGCUAUUUUUACUCAGAAUCUGCUUAUUGGCUACACGAUUUCCAUUCUUGUAUGGAAUACUUUGGGAUAUUUCUUUGAGGUUGCAGGAGAUAACCUGAUGGAUUUGCUAUUCAAAUUUAAAAUAGAUACUUAGGCUUGGAAAAUGAUGAUCUUUUGAUCUAUUUCAGGAUAAAGAACCAAUAAAGGAAAGAAUUAAAAACUUCUUGUAAACUAAGUGCUAAUAUAUAAGCUAAUGAUAAGAAAAUCCUAUAUUAGUUUCAUAUUAAAAAUUAUUAAAUAUUGUCAAGUAGUUUGGACAAACCAAAGACUGUUCUAGCCAGCAUUUUAAUUCUUUCAAUUACCCAACUGUAUUUUGGAUGCUUUUGAUCUUUGAGGCUGCACAAAUAGCCUUGCCUAUGUAACCUCUGUCGAUCUUACUCUAUUGUAAAAUACAUUGCAAAUAAACUAGUGGGUGUGGGUGAGUGUUUACAAUUGUUACAAAGUGAUUUAAUAGUAACAGUACCUCUAUCUUUUCUGUAGCAAUAUUUCCUCUUGGUUUUCCAUUUCUUUCUCCAUCAGGACACCUGCUCCUGUUCUCUAUUCCGUCAACCCAGUGGCUCAGUUGCUCAAUUAUAUCAAUUAGAGAUUUUGGUGCUCUUUUGUGGAAAUGAAAUGGCUUUCCUCCAUUGUUAGAAUUGGAAUGCUAACUGUGGAUGAGUUAUUGACUAGUUUUUUGUUAGUUUGCAAAGUUAAAAAAAAAAACAGUUUCCAUGGAAUUAAUGACAGGCAGUGCUGUUUGGAAAAUACAGUGACAAAUAUUUUAUACCUUUUAAAUUUUAUGAGUUUUUCAAGUCCAGGUACAUAAAAAAUAUGUUGUUGUGACUUUGUUACUCUGCAAUCUCCUUAGCUUAAAAUACAGUAAGGAAAUCAAUUUUCAGUUAAUACUCCUUCUGUGCCUUGUAUUUUACUCAUUUAUUUCCCUGUGAGUCUGUUUUUAAAGUAGGAUGAUGUAUUGUAAUAAUUCCAAUGGCAGUUUAGAACAUGGAUUAUUACAUCCAAGAAAUUUUCUCCAACUAUAGACAUAACUAGGAUACUCACCAGUGGUUUAAAAACAUUCCAUAUUACAGUUGUUUAGAUCACCAGUGACUUAUUAACCAAACUACCGCCAAGUUUUAAAUGCACCCCAACUAAAGUCACCCACCUGCACCAAGAAACCACUUAAAUGAUAGUAUCGUCACAUUUUUUAAAUUGAGCUUUAGUUUGGUAGGCCUUAUUUAAGGAUCUAUCAAAAGAUCUCCAGCACCACCACGACCUGUA